UGGUUGCACAGACAGAGUUGCUGCUCUUGCAGUGCAGGAGCUGAAAGAGACAGCUCAGAGAGAGAGAGACCGCUCACACAAGAGAAAGGGGUGGGGGUACCCUGGUCUCGCUGGCUACCUGGCACCCCAACAUUUUUUUAUACUAACUGGGACUGAUUUAAAAAAUAAUAAUAAAAAAAGAAGAAAGUUGAGAUUCUCUUUCUGAAUAAGGAAUUAAGAAGUUCUGGAGAGACAGAGAGAGAGAGAGAGAGAGAGAGGGAGAGGGAGAGGAGGAGAGAGAACAUACCAAGAGCCAGAAGAAGCAAGAAUAAUACAGUAAUGGAAGCUGGAAUUGUUAAUGUCUACAACUUCAGAGAAGCUUUGUAGCUUGCAGAUGAAGAGAGAGUCCCGAGAUUCAAUCAUGAACCGAAGAGACAGUAAGAGGAAGUCCCAUCAGGAGUGCUCCAGCCCUGUGGUGGGGUGCAGCAGGAGAGGAAAGGGGGUCCCCCGGAAUAUCAGACGCAGGAUGACGUGCCCGAGCCCCCAGGAGAUCAACCGCGCCAAGGCGAUGAUGUCAUCGAUGGGCACGCUGACCAAGGGGGCGAGCUUGGAGGAGCUGAUCGAGAGAUGCGUGCAGUCAUUCGACUUGGAGGGAAAGCUGUGCCGGGUAGGGCAGGUCGUCCACAUGACCCUGAUGAUGCACUGCUGGGUCGUGCCGUCCUCUGUCCUGGCAAAGAAACUUCUGAGCUUGUAUCGAGAUUGCCCGAUGGACCGGAGGGACCAGGUACGACCCAGAAUCUGCUUUUUUGUCCGGUCCUGGAUUACUCAGUUCCCAGCUGCAUUCAAAGGCGAUGCGAAGCUGGAGGAGGUGAUGGCAGACUUUUGGGAAAUGGUGAAGAGCGAGGGAGAGGAGACCCACUGCCAGCUCAUCGACACGGCCAACAUACUCCCUCACGACUGGUCCCAGAGGUUCACUCUGCAGGACACUCCAAACUGUGUGAAGAAAUGCAAGGUGUCUCUGCUGUUUGACCACCUGGAGCCCCAGGAGCUGGCAGAGCAUCUGAGCUACCUGGAGUUCAAGAACUUCUGUAGAGUCUCGUACCUGGAUUACCGCAGUUAUGUGGUGCAUGGUUCAGUUCGUGAUAACCCAGCCCUGGAGCGCUCGGUCUCCCUCUGCAAUGGGAUCUCUCAGUGGGUCCAGCUGAUGAUCCUGAACCGACCCAAACCGCAGCAAAGAGCCGAGGUCUUCAUAAAGUUCAUUCGCGUGGCGCAGAAGCUGCGUCAGUUGCAGAACUUCAACACACUAAUGGCUGUGAUCGGGGGUCUGAGUCACAGCUCCAUCUCGCGCCUCAAAGAGACCAGCAGCUUCCUGCCUCAGGACGUGAACAAGGCGCUAAGCGAGAUGACGGAGCUGCUCUCUUCCUCCAGUAACUAUGGCUGGUACAGACGGGUGUACGCCGAUUGCUCCGGGUUCAAGAUCCCCAUCCUGGGGGUUCACCUCAAGGACCUGGUCUCUCUGAACGAAGCCCUGCCAGACUAUCUGGAGGACAACAAGAUCAACCUGAGCAAGCUGCAGCAUGUGUACAGCAACAUGAACGAGCUGCUGCAGGUCCAGAGCGCCACCCCGCCCUUCCAGGCUAACAAGGACCUGCUGCACCUGCUCACCCUGUCUCUGGAUCUCUACUACACAGAGGAUGAGAUUUACGAGCUGUCGUACGCCAAAGAGCCCAGGAACCCCAAAAUACAGCCUGCCACCCCCGCUAAACCCCCUGUGAUGGCUGACUGGGCAUCGGGUGUGGCACCGAGACACGACCCUGUGACCAUCUCCAAACACGUGAAACAGAUGGUGGACUCCGUGAUGAAGAACUACGACCCCAAUCAGGACGGCUACAUCUCCCAGGAGGAUUUUGAGAAGAUCGCAGCCAGCUUCCCCUUCUCGUACUGCCCACAAGAUCGAGAGCGCGAGGGUUUGAUCAGCCACGAUGAGAUCACAAGUUACUUCAUGCGCGGGAUCUCCAUCUGCGCGAAGUUGGGCCUGAACUUCGUGCACAAUUUCCAAGAGACGACUUACAAGAAACCCACCUUCUGCGACACCUGCAACGGCUUUCUCUGGGGUGUGAUCAAGCAAGGAUAUCGCUGCAGAGACUGCGGGGUGAACUGUCACCGGCACUGCAAGGACGUUGUACCCCAAGAGUGCAAGAAGAGGUUGAAGAUAUCAACCAGCGAUAGUUCCUUCCCAUCAUGCCCUUCAACCCCCGCUGGUUCUGACACCAACAGCAAGAGCCAGUCCUGGAGCUCUGAAGAAGACACCUUUGUGUUCCCUCACGCUGAGGCUUCAGAGCCCAGCGAGGACCCCCGGGAUCGUACCACUCUGCCCGGCGGGGGGGCUCCCACUCUCAGGACCCCAGCGCAAUCGGACCGAUCCACUCAGACAGAGCCCGGGGUGUGGAGGGAGGCAGGAGGGAGGGAGGACACACAGCUAGACGCAGCAGCCUUGCUGGACAGACUACAGGCAGCAGAGAAGGUGAUGGAGCGCCUCACACUGGAGAACGCUGCUCACUGCGCCACACACUCCUGCCUGCAGGGGGAGCUGAGGGCCCAGGGGUCCUCGCUAAUCACAGAGCCGUCCGCGUCACUCCUGCUGGGAAAGAUGGAGACCUUGCACCUGCGCAGGGACAAGACUUGAGAGAGAGAGAGAGAGAGAGGGGGAGUGUGUGGAGAGAGAGGGGGAGUGUGUGGAGAGAGAGAGAGGGAGAGAGAGAGAGAGAGGGAGGGGGAGUGUGUG